ACAUUAACUUCACUCCUCACCUCCACCUGCCUUCCACACUUCCAGCUUCUGACUCUCAGGUGCAACAGCUUCUCUCUGAAAACACCAUGGCCAAGGAAAUGACUCUGCUGUGGGGCUCCGGCUCUCCUCCCUGUUGGAGGGUGAUGAUCGCCCUCGAGGAGAAGAACUUACAGGGCUACAAGCAGAAAAUGUUAUCCUUUGAGAAAAUGGAGCACAAGUCUGAGGAGGUCAUGAAAAUGAACCCCAGGGGUCAGCUUCCUGCUUUCAAACAUGGGGAGCAUGUGUUGAAUGAAUCCUAUGCUGCCUGCCUUUACCUGGAGAACCAGUUCAAGUCCCAGGGGAGCAAGCUGAUUCCUGAAUGUCCUGCAGAACUGGCCAUGAUGUACCAACGCGCAUUCGAGGGGCAAACACUUGCUCAGAAAAUGGCGGAUGUCAUCUACUACAACUGGAAGGUUCCAGAGGGAGAGAGACACGACUCUGCUGUGAAGAGAAACAGAGAGGCUCUGAGUGCUGAGCUGAAGCUGUGGGAGGGUUACCUGCAGAAGGGUUCAGGCUGUUUCCUGGCAGGAAAGUGCUUUACCAUGGCUGAUGUGAUAGUUUUUCCAACCAUCGCUUAUGUCUUCCGUUUUGGGUUAUCUGAGGAACGUUACCCCAAACUGGCAGCUUACUACAACUGUCUGAAGGACCGGCCCAGUAUCAAAAAAAGCUGGCCACCCACCUGGCAGGAGAGCCAGGGACAGGAAACUCUGAAAGACCUCUGAGAUACCAAUGCACCCUCCUUCAUUUUGUAAUAAGCAUUUUCCUGUCACAUUGCACUAAUUUAGCUGACUGCAUUUGCAAAGAAAUAAAAUAAAAGCACUUGCUCUUAA